CAUUUCCCGACUAACUGGAUUAAAUGGCUUCCAAAGGACAAGGAAAAUAAUCUUCUUAUCAGUAUGUCCCAUGAAGUGUUGCUUCUCCUGUUCGUUAGUGACAUCCCUGGUUUCUCGCUUGAAAUGGGCGUCCAAGAAACUAAAAGCCGAGAUUCGAAUUCAGUAUCAGCCAGCCCAGUCAAUAUUGGACGGCCCAGUUGGAAUAUCCGGCUAGUAUUUAGUUCAUCAGCCUCUGUGAAGUUGCUCAGCGAACAAAACUGUACGCUCCAUAGCCCUUCGUGCCCUUCAGCCUGAUCAUGAACGAUCCAGCUGCCGCUUCAAUCUCGCUCAUGGAUGCCGCACACUGUCAGGAGGACACCCUCAGUCAUGGAAAAGACGAAUGAAGGAGGGUAGAAGGUGGUGACAGAUAUUCCAAUCAAGAUUGCAUGUGCG